UCAUCCGAAAGCCCCAUAAGGCGGCCUCGCACUACCAUGGCAUGGUUAGCAGUCAGCAGCUUGCGUUGUUAUCAGCAACAGCGGCAGCAGCUCUGCCGUAGAGGGUAGCCUUGCCCCAAAAUCAUCGCCCCAACUAGACGACGGCCCGCGGCGGCAGUAGCGAGAGCAAGCGUGCACACGACUACCACUCUACCAGCACGCACGCAGCACGCAAGGAUCUGUAACACUGAAGCUGUGUGUGUGUGUAUGUAUGUACGCGUGUGUUUGCCGCACGCGUAUGUGUGGUAGUGGCGGCAGUGUUUCGUUCACAGAUAAAGGAGUGCCCUGCAGUUUAGAGGAAAUUCACAGCAAUUCGCAAUAACGUGAUAGCGUGAACACAAAAGAGGGAUUUGUCGGUGAGUGACAGUGCGUGCAUGUGUGUGUAUGUGAAUCUGUCCCCCAUUCAUCACGCCAUGUCCAGCUAACUGAGUAAAAUACACCGCGUAGGUGCCUUCCCUUCAUCUCCCUCUUCCCAUCCAUCUCUACUGGCAGUGGGUGAGGAAAGGCGUUUCCUCGUUGUGGUAUUUUCCUUACCCCAAUCCAACCCACCCCACCACAUCCACACCUCUAUCUCUCUCUCCAACGUCACACACACUCGUACACGUUCGGGAGUGCACACACACUCGCGUGUUAGUGCGAUACCUGGUGCGAUUCGGUAAUGUCGCACGGCGAUCCUUUCCGCGAAUAGCCGUAGUCGUCCUCGUCGUCGUUCCAGAGCGUGUGAAACACCUGGUGAAGGUGGUGCUGCAGUGUGUAGAAGGUACUGCUAGCUGCUCUGGCACGCCAGUAACUCGUUGGAAAGUUGAGGCGCUGGGGUACGGCAGCACACGAGCGGUGAGGCGUUGGCCCUCGUGACGUGGCGUGACGUUGUGCAGUAAUCGGAAGAAACGGGUAUCACAUUGCGGGCAAGAUGCGUCCGAGUGUGCUAAUCCUGUCGGUGCUGUUAGCACUGCAGCACUAUCUAGGGAUGGGGUCCUGUUCCGAGGACGAGGAACGGCUGGUGCGUGACCUGUUUCGCGGUUACAACAAGCUCAUUCGCCCGGUACAAAACAUGACACAGAAGGUGGACGUGCGGUUCGGACUCGCCUUCGUGCAGCUGAUUAACGUGAACGAAAAGAAUCAGAUUAUGAAAUCGAACGUGUGGUUGCGGUUGGUGUGGAGCGACUACCAGCUGCAGUGGGACGAGGCUGAUUACGGCGGCAUCGGUGUACUGCGGCUGCCCCCAGACAAGGUCUGGAAGCCGGACAUUGUGCUAUUCAACAAUGCCGAUGGUAACUACGAGGUGCGCUACAAAUCAAACGUGCUGAUCUACCCGAACGGUGAGGUACUGUGGGUACCGCCCGCCAUCUAUCAAAGCUCCUGCACGAUCGACGUCACCUACUUCCCGUUCGACCAGCAGACCUGCAUCAUGAAGUUCGGUUCGUGGACGUUCAACGGUGAUCAGGUGUCGCUAGCCCUCUACAACAACAAGAACUUCGUCGACCUGUCCGACUACUGGAAGUCGGGCACGUGGGACAUCAUCGAAGUGCCCGCCUACCUCAACGUGUACGAGGGCAACCCGACCGAGACGGACAUCACGUUCUACAUCAUUAUCCGGCGCAAGACGCUCUUCUACACGGUCAACUUGAUACUGCCCACCGUGCUGAUCUCGUUCUUGUGCGUGCUCGUCUUCUACCUGCCUGCCGAGGCGGGUGAAAAGGUGACGCUCGGCAUCAGCAUUCUCCUGUCACUGGUUGUGUUUCUCUUGCUGGUGUCGAAAAUUUUGCCACCCACCUCGCUGGUGCUGCCACUGAUCGCCAAGUAUCUGCUGUUCACCUUCAUCAUGAACACGGUCUCGAUCUUGGUGACGGUCAUCAUCAUCAACUGGAACUUCCGCGGUCCGCGCACGCACCGGAUGCCGAUGUGGAUCCGGUCCGUCUUUCUGCACUAUCUGCCCGCGAUGCUGCUGAUGAAGCGCCCGCGCAAGACGCGCCUGCGCUGGAUGAUGGAGAUGCCGGGCAUGAGCGUGCCGCCGCAACCACACACCCACCCGUCGUAUGGGUCGCCCGCCGAGAUACCGAAGCACAUUAGUGCGCUCGGCGCGAAGCAGUCGAAGAUGGAGGUGAUGGAACUGUCCGAUCUACACCAUCCGAACUGCAAGAUGAACCGGAAGCUGAACAGUGGCGAUCUCGGCAUCGGCGCGGAUAGCUGCCGCCGGGAGAGCGAAAGCUCUGACUCAAUCUUGCUGUCGCCCGAGGCUAGUAAGGCGACCGAGGCAGUCGAGUUCAUAGCCGAGCAUCUGCGCAACGAAGAUCUGUACAUACAGACACGGGAGGAUUGGAAGUACGUCGCGAUGGUGAUCGAUCGGUUGCAGCUUUACAUUUUCUUCAUCGUCACCACGGCCGGCACGGUCGGUAUACUGAUGGAUGCGCCGCACAUCUUCGAGUACGUCGAUCAGGACCGCAUCAUCGAGAUCUACCGUGGCAAGUAAAGGACAGGGGCAUGCAUCCAACAACCACACAAAUGGACACACACACACACACACACACACACACACACACACACACACACACACACACACACACACACACACACA